AUGCGACAAGAUGCUGAGCGUCGCCUUGCUGUGCUUAGAUGGGACAAAUUCAGAGAUGAAGUAGAGGAACCAAGGGCAUGGAUUCCAUCCAAACCAUUUGAUCAAGCCCUUGAUCCAGCCAAAGAUCCCUGUCUGAAGAUCAAGUGCAGUCGCCACAAAGUUUGCGUGGCUGAGGAUUACAAAACAGCCACUUGUGUUAGCCAGAGGAGAAUUAGUUUCAAAGAUCCCAGCUUGUACCAGAGCCCAGGUUCAAAGUGCAAGCCAUGUCCAGUGGUCCACCCAUCUCCCGUCUGUGGAACUGAUGGCCACACGUACUCCACUCAGUGUAAACUGGACUACCAGGCCUGCAUUUCUGGAAAGAAGAUUGCCGUCAAGUGUUCUGGCAUGUGCCCCUGUCCAGCUCAGCCCAAACCGACGCCAGCAGAGAAAAGAGUGUGCAGUGAGUCCGACCUGAAGGAGGUGGUGAGCCGUCUGAGGGACUGGUUCCGAGUACUGCAUGACAACAGCAACCAUAAGAGGGUCAAGAUCCAAAAGCCAGAAAAAAAUAAGUUUGAAGUGGGAGCAUCACCCAUCUGUAAGGACCCUCUUGGCUGGAUGUUCUCACGCCUCGACACAAACUUUGAUAUGCAGCUGGACCAGUCUGAGAUCAAGAGUUUGUACAUGGACCGGAACGAGCCGUGCUCUGAUGCCUUCUUCAAAUCCUGCGACUCGCACGCGGACAAAGUCAUCAGCAGCUCAGAGUGGUGCACAUGCUUCCAAAGAUACACAGACUCCCCGUGUAAAGCAGAGCUCUCAAGCAUCAACAAAAAGCAGCCAGGGAAGAAGCUUCUGGGCCAGUAUCAGCCGUCCUGCGAUGAGGAGGGCUACUAUAGGUCCCACCAGUGCCACACCAGCAGUGGCCAGUGCUGGUGCGUGGAUCGCUACGGUAACGAAGUGUCCGGAUCGCGCACUCAUGGCCCUGCAGACUGCGGCGUGAUCUUGGAGUCAUCUGGAGACCUGGGUAGCGGAGAUCCCCUAGUGGACACAGACAAUGAUGAUGACGAUGCAGAUGAUUACGAUGUAAACGAUGGCGAAGAUGAUGACUACCUGCCCCCGAUUGACCCUGUGAUCGACGACGAGUAUGCCGACGAAGAUGAAGAUGACGACGACGCGGAUGACGAAUACCUUUCGUAA